UCAGUUCACCGCUACCAUUUCACGGGUGACUCUGCCUACAGUAUUGUUUUGUUUCAAUUAAUAUAUUCCAUAAAUUCUUUGGAUCGGCUUGUCUGAUCGGCUUUCGCGUUGACGUCCUAAAUAAUAUUUUUAUUUAGCAACAACCGUACGGUUGUUGCUUUGAAGUUAAUAAAAGCUUUGAGAAUUACGCUAUUAAGGGGAGCACCGGGUGAGUCCGGCGCGAGUGCCAGUGCCGGGCGAGACGGGCGAGAGAUCCGUCCGCAGCUUCCGCGCCCACGGCCUUCCACGCGCUGCUGGCGCCGCGCGCUCAACGUAGACCCGCCCUGGCUGCGGCACGCGCCCACCCGCUGACGCCACACCACGCCUGACACCUGACACUUGUUGACGAACGCUUGUGGACCCCCACCACCGGGCCCGACCACCUGACACCGUCCGCAGCCCCGCCCUCGGCCACCCGGGGCCGGCCCGGCUCUCAGGGGCACCGACCCACUGAAGUGACAAGUGUUUGUGAACUGUGUUGAUCAUCAUGAAGGUUCUGCAAGAAGAGCAGCGCGUUACCGUGAUGGAGGGGCCGUGGACGCCAGUCGACGUCAUCAAGCAGAUAGUGGACGAGGGCAACCAGGAGGAUCCGUUCUACGUGAUGGAUCUGGGGGAAGUGGUCAAUAGGUACCAUCGUUGGAAGGAGCUGAUGCCGCGCGUUGAGCCGUUCUAUGCGGUGAAGUGCAACGAUGACAAGCUGCUGGUGUCGACGUUGGCAGCGCUGGGUGCCGGGUUCGACUGCGCCUCCAAGGCCGAGAUAGAACUCAUCACCUCUCUGGGAGUGAAGCCUGAUCGCAUAAUAUUCGCGAACCCAGCCAAGAUGGCGUCGCAUAUACGCUACUCGGCGGCUGCGGGCGUGGACUUGAUGACCUUCGACUCCGAGAUUGAGCUGCUGAAGAUCAAGCAGCACAUGCCGCAUGCGCAGCUGGUGAUCCGCAUCCGUUGCGACGCGGCGGUGGCGCAGUGUCCGCUGGGUAUCAAGUUCGGUUGCGAUCCCGUCGCUGAAGCGCCGCGUCUGCUCAAGUUGGCUGCGGUCUUAGGGCUCGAGGUGGUGGGCGUGUCGUUCCACGUGGGCUCGGGUGCGGCCGACACGGAGGUGUACGCGCGCGGUGUACAGUGGGCGCGGGCUCUGUUCACGGCCGCCACGCGCGCCGGACACCACAUGCGGCUACUGGACGUCGGCGGGGGGUUCGCCGGCGGCUCGCACUCCUGUCUCGCGCAGGUGGCGCAGGUGAUCAACAACGCACUUGAAACUCACUUCCCGGAACGUUCGGUGCGCAUAAUCGCUGAGCCGGGACGGUAUUUCGCGGCGGCUGCGUACACGCUCGCUACAAUGGUGCACGCUAAACGGGAGGUCACGUCGAAGGACAACGCGAAUGAAGACGAGACGCACACUAUGUAUUUCGUGAACGACGGCGUGUACGGCUCGUUCAACUGCGUGCUGUACGACCACCAGCAAGUCGUAGCCGAGCCACUCAUUCCGAGCCGGGCCGCGCCGCGACCGUGCUCGGUGUGGGGCCCGAGCUGCGACGCGCUGGACUGCGUGCUGCCGAGCGCGUUCCUGCCGCCGCAGCCGGCCGGCGCGUGGCUGGUGUGGCGCGACAUGGGCGCCUACACGCUGCCCGUCGCCUCGCCCUUCAACGGGUUCCCCGUGCCGCGCGUCGUGCCCGUCGUGCGCGCCGCGCUCUGGGCUGUGCUGAAGGAUCUGUGGCCGUUGACGGAGGCGCACUUCGUGCAGAGCGUGCCGGCCGCAGGGCCGCAGUCGCCGCCCCCGUCGCCGUCGUCCCCCUCGCCCCCCUCCCCCACCCCCUCACACUCCUCGGAGCCGUCCCCUUCUUCGUCCCCGCCCCCGAUCGCUGCCCUCGAUGACCACCACUCUCGUCUCGUAUUCGUGGAAUGCGCCCUCAAGUGACCGCACUGUCACGCCGACGACCAACGCGCGCGGUGAUACUCGAUAAUACGACUAAUUCGCCUAAAAAUACAGUCCAUAUUGCAUUAUUCACUCCUCAUAUCAAAUAUGUUUUUGUUGAAUAUUUAUAGGCGUUUUAGUUACGUUUCGUGUAUCACAAAACCGAUAAAAAAAGCCCAUAUAACAUGCGACAUGAUAGUCAAUUACUGGCUCAUCAAGGUUGCUGAUAUGAAUUUUAAAUACAUAGAAAAUCUUCAUUUAAAUGUUUCUCAGAAUCGAAUAUCCUGUUUCACGUUAUAUGGGCGAUGGCUCUGCUAUAUUGACUUGUUACCUUUUAUAACCGAUUUAAUAUGUCAUUUAUAUUCAAACUAUGGUUUUAAUAUUUGAAAAAUCAUAAUUAACUUUUGUUCAUGCAUUUGAUUAAUAUCUAGAAAGUAGUUCUUAGGAAUGGCAAUACUUGACGGUACCACAGGCGUCACAGUGUAGUGUGAUAUCUGUGGUCCUGCCUAUACAUGACGGUCGUUUCCUAACUGUUGACCUGUCAGUUCAUUCGCCAUUCUAUGUCGUAAAAAGUGUAUUUUCUAAUUAUAUUUGAUUAUUUUACUAUUGUUGUGACCAUUGAAAUACAUUUUAACUGUUUUAUAUAAAUGUGGUGGUAGAUGCGUUUUUAUAUCACUAAAUAUUAUUUUUACAUUCAUAUAACUGUAUGGUAGUUGUAUCAUUGCUUACUACUAACAUUAAAAAAAAAGUAACUGUUUGGAAAUUGUUAUGAAUCGUCAAAUUGAUUGUACGUGUGUAGAGCAAUAGGAACAUUCCUUUAUUAUCGUAGAUUGUACGAUGUUGUCAAAUGUAAUGGAUUUUUCAAUGUUUAUGAAUUUUUCAUAGUUUCGCAAAAAUGUUUGUAGCAAGUGGCUUUUUCCAAUAAAUUUCUGACAUCAUAA